AUGCAGUCUUUUCUUCAGUACCAUCGUUUCCGGAAACAGGUUGAGCAACAGUAUGAAAGACAUCAGGAGAUCCUACAUACAACGACCACUCGAGGCGAAACAGCAGCAAGAGAAAGACUGAAUGGACAAAAUCCAAACCUAAGAUUAUCCCAUUUCUCGACGUCAAGCAGCGUCUCCACGUCCUCAUCUUCUGAUGACGAUGCCGCUGGCAGUCCUUCCGACCUAGAGAAAAAUGAACCAUCUUCGGAAAAGCAGACUUACGAUACACCCACCGAGGAGGAGGCACAUGAAAAGAUAGAGCCAACAUCCGCUCCAUUAGCGCAAGAAUCAACAGGUCUUCGAGAUAAUGGUAGAGCGCAGCCAAUCCCACCAGAAGAUGAAUAUCUGAGUCGAAUCGCGACUGUAGCAACACAUCGCACAGCGGGCACUGCGUUCGGCGUCACACUCACAGGCAUCCAUGUCCGCUCCCGAACGACGCACGAGGGCGGAGAAGGCAAAGUCUUCGUAGUCGGGUACGAGGGCCCAGACGAUCCCUUGAAUCCCCACAAUUGGAGCCAUCUCAAACGCAUCGCGGCAACAGCCUGCAUCGCCUCUAUCGGUUUCGUGGUCGGCUUCGCGAGCGCCAUCGACGCAAGUGCGCUGCGAAAAGCCUCUCAUGAGUUCGGCGUCAGUGAGGUCGUAGAAAGUCUAGCGACGGGCAUUUUCCUGAUCGGCUUUGGUUUUGGAGCGCUGUUCGCUGGCCCUUUCAGCGAGACUGUUGGCCGUAAUCCUGUAUAUAUUGCGACUUUGACAUUAUACAUUAUGUUCAUCAUGGCUUCAGCUUUAGCGCCAAACAUUGGGGCCCAAAUCGCUUUCCGAUUCAUUGCCGGUCUCUUCGGUGCAACGCCAUUGACAUGCGCUGGCGGCUCUUUAUCAGACAUGUGGUCUCCGAUGGAGCGAGUCUUCGCCUUCCCCAUGUUCGCGACUGCCGCCUUCUCUGGCCCCAUCAUCGGCCCUGUUAUCGGCGGCUUCAUCGCACAAAGCGAUGCCGUCAGCUGGCGCUGGGUAGAAUGGACGACUCUGAUAAUGUCAAGCCUGGUGCUCGGCGUCGUGGUAUUAUUCCAACCGGAGACCUAUCCGCCAACGCUCCUGAAAUGGAAAGCGUGCCAUCUGCGCGCAGUCACUGGCGACCAGCGGUAUGUCGCUGAGAUCGAAAUCAGAGGCGAUAGCUUGUUACAACGCCUAGGUGUCUCGUUGUACCGACCAUUCCUGCUCACAAUCCAUGAACCUGUCAUCAUCCUAUUGUCACUCUAUAUGAGCGUCAUCUACAUCGUCCUGUUCACCUUUCUAGAAGGCUACACAUUCAUAUUCGGAGAAGUCCACGGUGUAAGUCCAGGAAUAACCGGACUGUGUUUUCUAUCCAUCGAAGUCGGCCUGUUUUUAGCAGCCUGUCUAGUACCGCUGAUCUACAAAUGGGCAAGGAGAGAUCUCAAGAAGAUCAAAGAGGCCGGCGGCAGCAGACUCCCACCAGAAUUCCGUCUUUGGUUCGCAAUGCUAGGCGGAGCACCCGCCAUUCCCAUCAGCCUCUUCUGGAUGGGUUGGACGAGCUAUUCACACAUCUCCAUAUGGUCAUCACUCGGCGCAAGCACCCUGUUUGGCUACGGAACCCUCUGCAUCUUCAUCAGCUCCUACCAGUACAUCAUCGAUGUUUACGAAUCAUUCGCCGCCUCGGCCCUAACCUUCCUGACUCUUUCGCGUUACGUGGUCGCCGGUGGUAUGACGGUGGCCGGUGUCCCGUUCUAUAAAGAUAUGGGCGUGCAGUACACGUUGACUAUUCUGGGCGGAUUGAGUGUGUUGUUGGUCCCGGUGCCGUAUUUGUUCUUUAUCUAUGGAAAGAAGAUUAGGAAUUGGAGCAAGUUCGCGGUCGCGAGGGAGUAA